UGAUAAUACCGAAUAAGAAUUAUGAGGUUUUUUGAGUGCUCUCUCAGACAUCAACACCUGGAACUUAUGUUGUAGGUAAGAACACUACCUCUCUCUCACUAAACUCAAGUGCUUAUUCCACUACCUUCAGUGCCUCAAAUCUGCACUCAAUCUUCCGCUAUAUAAAUUCACACAUUCACGAAUCCAAUUCAAACACACAACACAACAUCGAACAAAAACACAAUCUUGGUUACUUUCAAAUCCCUCCAAGAAACUAAAUGGCAUCUUCCAUUAAAUUUCUCUGCAUACUUGGCCUGAUCUUCCUCGUUGGAGCCGUUGUUGACGGUGCAGGAGAGUGCGGUAGAUCUUCGCCGGACAAUGAAGCAAUGAAGCUGGCUCCAUGUGCAGGUGCAGCUCAGGACGCAAACACCGCCGUGCCAGGAGGUUGUUGCACUCAGAUUAAGAGAUUUUCUCAAAACCCUAAAUGUCUCUGCGCCAUUCUUCUUUCCGACACGGCCAAAGCCUCCGGUGUUGAUCCUGAGGUUGCCCUUACCAUCCCAAAACGCUGCAAUUUCGCUAACCGCCCAGUUGGUUACAAGUGUGGACCAUACACACUUCCGUAGAUUGUUGACGACUAUAAGGAUGAAGGAGAUAACACUGAGCUUUAUGUGGAAGCUUUGAGUUUACUACUAUGUCUCCAUGUACCGUAUAAUAUAUGAAUAACGAUAAUGUUUAUAUGUAUCAGCAGUGUGACUGUUAUUGGACCUAUAUUAAUAAAUAUAUAAAAUGAUUCCACUCUACGUUCUUAAA